UUACACGUGUCAAGUCGACGACAUCCGCAUGCAACAAAUCAUUGUUUACGUCAUCUCCAAGUCCAGACUUCUAACACAAGCAUUCGUCCGUCACAUGAUGUACUUAGGUUUAGUCUUGUCGUUAACCUUACCAUGCUAUUGUGCCGGACUUGUUAUUGCCUGCAGCAGAAAACGCUACUUCAAAGACUACCAAAAACUUAAAGAAGAAGACGCAGAGAGCCGCGGUCACCGAUGGAUGAAAUUUGUAUAAGUAUUUAUGCAACUAAAUAAACAUUCCAACACAACUGUCUAUAAUCUACCCACAUGCGUCAAGGUAUUCAGUCUUCAUUCUUCAGUUGCGAAGUGAAAGUUCUCGAAUGGAAUGUCUUCCACAAGUUUGAGGUAAAAUGGAUUCGUGUAGGUCACUUUUGCUUAGUCUUUCUUUCAUUUUUUUAAUAUUAACUCCAAAACUGACUAACGGAAUCCUCAGACGGUGUUAUGUAUGUCGAUCCAGAGGCGAAUUGGGGAGUUGUAAAGACCCGUUUACGUUCAAUGUGACACAAAUAGAAUCGGAACGAGGGAUAGAAGCCGUCCCGUGUGCGUCAGGAUGGUGCGGGAAAAUGUUAGAGACAGAAAAUCCACUUAAAGAAGAGUAUGGGGUGGCAACUGAACGGAUGUGUCUCCAAAGAGGACCUUCAGACAGUGAAGAUAGAUGUGCUUACGUUAAGUGGAACUUCAGGAAAGUUCUUAUGUGCUUUUGCAGAGGAGACUUAUGCAACUCUUCAACCACUGUGACAGUGAAUUUUACUGUGUUAUUAUUGUGUACGCUAGUGACGUCUAGGAUGAUAUUAUAAACAUUUGUACAUAAAAUAAUUUUAUUAAGUAUA